AUGGAUAUCAACGCCCUAACGUCAGGUAAAUCGCCAGCUCCAUACAGUGAAGUCUGGCACCAGGAUGAGACCUCGCUGGCAGAAACGCCCAACUCCACCGCAACCUCUCAACUGUACAAUUUCGACGAGGAGUUUGGCAUGGCUACUGAAGCGCAUUUGGCGAGUGCAAAUACCGGCUGGCCGGGCAAUCUCAACAACUGGGGGAAUGAGCAGAUUCAAUCUACGGAAGUCACAUCAGAUACAGCUAUAUCCAGCAUUGAGGAUGUUGAUCAGUUCUUCUCAGAAGAGGAUAUGCAUGCGUCGUUGAAUGGCGUUUACCGUCAAGACCUUGAUCUGAACAAUGUUGGAAAGAGCCAUUCUCAGCAUGCGUUUCAAGGCAAUUCUCUCGGUCACAUUCAACCGUCGACUUCCCACGCAGGCAACCAUGAUGUUCACGUCUUGCCCGAUAUGACCAUCUCACAGAGUGAUCACAUCUGGCCGAUUUUCAGCCCAGACAUAAUUCCCUCCCAGCACUCCAAUGACUCAAGUCACUCCAAUCACUUAUCUACAACCCCGCCCGUCGCCGACAAUGCGAGCUUAAUCGACAUCCUGAUGCAGAUCAGCGAAGAGGAACUCGAAGCCGCGCUCCAGAAAGUGCGGACUCGUGAUCCAGGUAGUCUUCCCCGCAACAUGACGGCCAAACUUCGCCGCCUAGCCCAAGCCUUCAAGCCGUCACGCGUAUCGAAGAAACCAAUUACGACCAAGGACAAGUCAAGCUCCUCAUCCCCCUCGUCUUCGCCCUCCAGAAACAAUACACCACGAUGGUGGUCCCGCUUCCUCGACCUAACACCCAAGCACCUCACGUUCUCCAACGACCUGCGUAACAUGAUCGCUACGCCCGCACACGAGUUCCUCAACUACAGCACCCAAGUCCCAGUCGAAACGUCCGCCAAAGCUUCCUACCUCUCGACCUGCGUAAUGAAUAUGCGCGCCUUGCGCACGGCCUCUACUUACCUCACGAUCCUCUCUUAUGCGCAUUGCCUAUUCUUCCACAUCUUGUCCUUCGGCACGCUAUCUGCAUGGCACAGAUCCCGCACUACUACUACCAUUCCUCGCUUGCGCAAUGAUCGUGUUGCCAGCUUAUACGACACGCUCGCCCUCCCCAUCAGCGAGGACGAGUUCGCUGCUGAACUGCGCGAGUGGCGCCACAUUGGGUCAUGUCUGGCAUUCUUUGCGCAACGCCUGGGACUGGGGUGUAUUGUAGUGCUGAGCAGUCAGUUGGGCGAUUUGAAGGGGUGUUCGAAGGGAGGCGAGAGCGUGUGUUGGGAGAGGCCAUGGGGGGGUAUCAGGCCAAGUGAGGGGGCUUUCGCGCAUCUCGAGCGUAUUGGCAUGGGGAAGGGAGAGGAGGAGCAGGAGGCAGAGGAUUUCAUGCAGGAUUUGCUGUUUCUGCUAUUUUCGGGGGUGCCCGAGUUCUUCGAGGGGGAAGCCAAUGCGAAGGGAGUCAUGUUCGAGAGGAUAGCUGGUAGUCGCUGCCACUGCUCCAUCACUAAUUUCAGUACAUACAAGAUUAAUAUCAUCCCACCAUAUUCCAACUCGUCUACUCUCAAAUCCCAAAUUCGCCUCAUAAAUCUCAUGGUCUUCAACUUGUUCGCUCUGCCACGCUCCCCUGCGAUUUUUGGUGUUCAGUGGCUUAGUUGUCUGGCUGGUGCAUCGGGUGCAGACGGCGGUGUUGAAUUUGGAAAUGCAGAAGUGCAUAGCCGCCAAACAGGACGUCGCGAGGAUGAUAACAAUGGCACCAUUGCAAAUGGCGGAGAGCAUCGCUAUAUCAACAGGCACGAUGGAGCUACUACGAGUGUGAUCAGGACGGUUUUGGAGUUCAAGUAG